AUGGCAGUGGCAGCCAGGAAAGGCACGGCGACGGCCUCCCCGCUUGCCAGCAGCCCCGUGGCCAUCGCCACCACGGCUCAGCCGGGCUUCCUGGGCGGCUGGCUUAGCCGGAUCCCAUUACCCAAAUGGGCGCUCAUCGCGGUGGCUGUGGCAGCGGCCGUCCUCCUCCUCCUCUUCCUCGUCUGCAUCAUCAGGUGCUGCUGUUGCAAGAAGAAGCCCAAGAAGAAGGAGAGAGUCAGCUUGCACGCUGUCAGCAGCUCCACCACAGCCAGCCUUGUCCAGCCUGAGAUGGAGGACCUGGAGCGGGGCGUGGAGCAGACUGGGCGAGGAAAGCUGCAGUACUCCCUGGAAUACAACUUCCGUGCGCAGGAGCUGAAAGUUGGCGUGAAGCAGGCAGCUGAGCUGAAGGCAAUGGACAGCGGAGGCACAUCUGAUCCAUAUGUGAUAGUCUACCUAACGUCUGAUAUGAAGAAAAAGUAUGAGACCAAGGUUUACCGCAAGACCCUGAACCCCAUCUUCAAUGAGAGCUUCACUUUCCUGGUACCCCAGGCAGAGGUGCCGGAAUCCACACUGGUGAUGCAGAUCUAUGACUUCAACCGCUUUGCCAAGCAUGACAUCAUUGGUGAGAUAAGGCUGCCCCUGGCCAGCGUCAACCUGCAGCAUGUCAUUGAGCAGUGGAGCAACCUGGCGGCGGCCAGUAAAGUGGAGGAAGAGCAACCGGGCGAGAUCUGCUUCUCACUGCGCUAUGUUCCCAGCACUGGCAAGCUGAUGGUGCUCAUCCUGGAAGCCAAGAAGCUGAAGCGGAUGGACUCCCAUGGGCUCUCAGAUCCUUUUGUCAAGGUGCAUCUCAUCCUGAACAGGAAGAAAUGGAAGAAGAAGAAGACAAGUGUGAAGAAAAACACCUUAAGCCCUUACUUCAACGAGGUGUUUGUUUUUGAGGUGCCUUUCAAUCAGAUCCAGAAUGUGGAUGUGGUCAUCUCCGUCUGGGAUCAUGACAAAGUGACCAAGAACGAGCCCAUUGGCAAACUCUUCCUGGGCUGCCGGGCCACAGGCAACCAGCUGCGGCACUGGUCUGACAUGCUGUCCAACCCACGCCGGCCCCUCGCCCAGUGGCACAGCCUGCAGCCCCCAGAUGUGGUUGACAAAGCCCUGGGACUGAAGUCCCACCUCAAGCUGCCCCUGCCCCCCAGAUAG